UUUUUUUCUUCUUAACUGAAUUUUAUAAAAAUAAGUACUUUAUUUUUGUUUCUUUAAGAUAAAUAUGUUUAUUAUUAAAAAAAAAACGGAGUUAAUUUAAUUUAAUAUUUUGAUUCGAUUGUGAAAGUGUAAGAGAAUAUAGGAGAAAAAGUUGAUUGCUUUGGAAGCGAAAGGUUGAUAUCGAUCUUUGUAGUGUGUAUCGAUGAAGAAGGAGAAAGAAAAGGAAGUGGUUGUGGGUUCACCUGCGAGUGGCGAAGACAUCGACGAUAAGCAACGGCCAGCCUUUCCCUCCGCCAGAUUCUCUACCCGCAACGCUUCCUCCAAAUACGAUUUCGUCAAGGUCAAGGUGUGGUUGGGUGAUAAUGCGGAUCACUACUACGUUCUCUCCAGAUUUUUGCUCAGCAGGAUGCUCACGGUUACCAAGAUUCCAAACCAUGUAGCUAUCAAAAUUGCCCUCGAGCUGAAGAAGCUGCUCAUAGACAACAGCCUUCUAGAUGUCUCUCAAUCUGAUUUGGAGGUUAACCUAUUUAAGCUUAUGGAGCGGCGGGGAUACGGAGAUGAGUACAUCAAUCGCUACAAGAUGAUGACCAGAUUUCACCACCAAAGAGUUCCAUUAGUAAUCCUUGUCUGUGGAACUGCUUGUGUUGGGAAGUCUACUAUGGCCACUCAGCUUGCACAGAGGCUAAACUUACCAAAUGUAUUACAGACAGAUAUGGUGUAUGAAUUGUUGCGCACAUCAACAGAUGCACCAUUGGCAUCAAUUCCUGUAUGGGCUAGAGAAUUUGGUUCGCCAGAGGAGUUAAUAACUGAGUUUUGCAGAGAAUGCAGGGUUGUUCGCAAAGGUUUGGCCGGUGAUCUGAAGAAGGCAAUGAAAGAUGGGAAACCAAUUAUAAUUGAGGGAAUGCAUUUGGAUCCUAGCAUUUAUUUAGUGGACGAUGAGAAUAAGUCACCUUCUGGUGUACAGUCAGAAAACAAAGAGAUAAAUCCAGUCGUUGUGACUUUGGAUGAUAAUGCUAACAUACAAUUAAAAGAUAUACAUGUGGGUAGCAGUGAUGAGACUAACUGUGACUCCAAGAUUUUGAGCUCUAAUGAAGGAGUAUCUGCUGAUCCGGUUGAAGCAGUAUCAAAUUCUAUAACGUCCAUGGGCCUUUCUGUAAGUAUCCCUGGGCAAAAAGUUGCUUCUCUUAGGGAACUGGAGACUGAGAAAACUACCAUUAGUAAGAAGAAAUCAGGCCCCAAACCAAUAAUUGUGCCUAUUGUGUUGAAGAUGGCUGAAUUUGAUCACAAGGCAUUACUUGAGGAAUGGAUCUCCAGCAGAACAUUUCAUGACAAAUGUCCAGAUCUGGAUAAUGAGAAACUUAUGGCCAAUUUGAAAACCAUGCAGGAUUAUCUGUGCUCGUUCACAUCACAGGGGUUGACUGUGGUCAACGUAUCGGCAACAACAUUUCCUCAAACAUUGGAUUGGUUGCAUGGUUACCUUCUUCAGUGCAUCGAGCAAGGUAUCAAUGAAAAUGUUACAACACAAGUAGCUGCAGCAUAAUCCAUGUAUAAUGAUCGCUUCCAAUUUUGACAGGCAUGUAUUAAUUACUUCACCAAUUACUGAAAGAUGCUUUGUAGAUUCAACUGCACGUUGUAAAUUGGAUGCUGUGGAGAAUAACUUUAAAAUGAAAAGGGAAUCAGGGACAUUUUCAAGCUGAUCGCCAUUACGGUCUUUGCUAUAUCUGAUUUUUCGAGAUCAUGGCGUGGGGAGUUCAUAAAUCGACGUAAUUAUUGCAUUAUCAACAUUUGCUACCAAAUUAAUUGUACGAUCAUGUGUUGUAAAGAUGAAUUUCAUGGUUCCUUUGCGUUUAGGGCUGCCUGGGCAUUCUCUGAGUCCUUUUAUGUGCUAUUUGAUUUCAUAUAAUGGUUUUUCCCUUUUCAAAUUA